ACGUGACAACAUGUCAUGUGACUGAGUCAGCAAACAGCUCAGUUCCCGAGUGACCGAUGAUCACGUCUAAGAGCCCGGGGAUGUUGCUGCGUGUUUUGUACCUGUUUGCGGUGCUUGACGCGGCGUGUCUGCUGGACACGGGCAUGCUCUUCCCCCGGGAGUCUUCCUCCAGGGAGGUGAAGGAGCUGAACGGGCUGUGGAGCUUCAGGGCUGACAAGUCCCCGAACAGGAACCAGGGCUUCGAGAGGGCAUGGUAUAAAAGUCGGCUGGUAGAGACUGGUCCGGUGAUCGACAUGCCAGUUCCUGCCAGCUACAACGACGUCACACAGGACCCAACGCUGAGAGACUUCACAGGCUGGGUGUGGUAUGAGCGUGAGGUGGUCGUGCCUUCCCGCUGGAUCACUGAUAAAGGAACCAGAGUGGUUCUCAGAGUGGGAAGUGCUCACUAUAAUUCAAUAGUGUGGCUGAACGGGGUGAAAGUGACGGAGCAUAAAGGCGGGCAUCUUCCUUUUGAGGCAGAGAUAGGCAGUUUAAUCCGCGAAGACCCAACGAUGCCGUGCAGGAUCACCAUCGCAGUCAACAACACUCUGAAUCUGGACACUCUUCCUCCAGGAAGCAUCCAGUACUUGAACGACCCCACCAGGUAUCCUGAUGGUUUCUUUGUGCAAAACUACUACUUUGAUUUCUUCAACUAUGCCGGCAUACAUCGCCCUGUACUGCUGUAUACUACUCCUAAAGCUUACGUGGAUGACAUCACUGUGGUGACUGAUUUCCUGGAUAAUACUGGUAUGGUCAAAUACGAGGUGUCAGUCCAAGGUGCUGCCAAAGCCACGUUGAAGGUCACUUUGAUGGACAAAGACGGCCGCUGUGUGGCCUCCUCCGACGAGACAUCUGGAGUACUUAAAGUAGCCGAUGUGAAUCUGUGGUGGCCGUACUUGAUGCAUGAUAAUCCAGCUUAUCUUUACUCUAUGGAGGUUCGCUUAAUGGCAGCCGAUGCGAGAGCAACAUAUGAGGAUGUGUAUACUCUACCAGUUGGUAUCCGCACAGUCAAAGUUACCAACACUCAGUUCCUCAUCAACAACAAGCCUUUCUAUUUCCAUGGAGUCAAUAAACAUGAGGACUCUGAUAUUCGAGGUAAAGGCUUGGACUGGCCUCUAAUCGUCAAGGACUUUAACUUAAUCAAGUGGUUGGGGGCCAACUCUUUCCGCACCAGCCACUACCCCUACGCUGAGGAGAUCAUGCAGAUGUGUGACCGCCAUGGCAUCGUGGUGAUAGAUGAGUGCCCGGGGGUGGGCAUCAAAGACAUUCGCAGUUUUGGAAAUGCCUCUCUGGCCCAUCACCUGGUGGUCAUGGAAGAGCUUGUACGUCGGGACAAGAACCAUCCCUCUGUUGUCAUGUGGUCAGUAGCCAAUGAGCCGGCUGCAGAGAUGCCUCCUGCAGGAUACUACUUCAAGACCUUGAUAGAACACACCAAAGCUCUGGACCCGACUCGGCCCGUCACUUAUAUCACAGACAGUAACUAUGCCAGAGACAAAGGGGCUCCCUACGUGGAUGUAAUCUGUGUAAACAGUUACUUCUCCUGGUACCAUGACCCAGGCCACAUCGAGGUAAUCCCCAUCCAGCUCAACACUCAGUUUGAGAACUGGUAUGGAAAGUAUCAGAAACCCAUCAUCCAGAGCGAAUACGGAGCAGACGCUGUGCCAGGGCUUCACAGCGACCCACCCAUGAUGUUUACCGAGGAGUACCAGAAUGUCGUCCUGGAGAGCUACCACAACGUGUUCGACCAGAAGAGAAAGCAGUAUGUCAUCGGUGAACUCAUCUGGAACUUUGCCGACUUUAUGACUGCACAAGGGAUCACCCGCGUGGUAGGGAACAAGAAGGGUAUUUUCAGCAGACAAAGGCAGCCUAAAUCUGCAGCACUCAUCCUGAAGGAGAGGUACUGGAGACUGGCAAAUGCAACAGGCAGACUGCCUCCUUGGGCCAAGUAUCCCUGCUCACUCUGACACCAACCAGUUGGGUCACCAAGUCCAGGAUGGACUCAAUCCCAUGUGAACAUUGUGUCUCUUGGAAAAUGCUGGUAAAAUUCAGUCAGUUUCUUGAGGCAGUUUACUAAAGCACAUAUAGAAUAAAGCUUUGAAAAACAAAUGUCAAACAAAUGAAACCAUAAUUUAGCUGUGCUAUUGUUGUGGUUUGCAAUAUGAACAAUUCUGUUAAUCUGCAACAUUUUCAGAACAUAAAAGCAACUUUUAAUGCUGCUAAAAUCAGCCUCGAGUGCCUGAUCAAUGGUGUAAUUCACAUUUUAUGAUUACCAGUGCAGCCCCUGUUCGAGGUGUGCCCAUUCAAAUUAAUAGUUCCUAGAAAUGGUGCUUGCAGCAUUGUUAGGAUGUUCAGAGCCAAUCAUGGCCAAUCAUAACCUGUCCAGACAGAUUAACAGUAUGGCUGCUUGCACUUCUCAAGACCUGCUCAUCCAGUCGACUUCACACUCAACACUGCCCUACUUUAAGUCCUCAGCAAUAAACCAGCCAAGUGUGAGGUCGAUUGGAUGAACGGUGUCGAGAAAAUCAAAUUAAACGGUUAUAUAUGCAUACAUACAGUUACAUUCCUUCAAAACGGUGGAUCAGGAUCUAAACACAAAUGGGGGGUGACAUGUAUGAAUAGAUUUGUCUGGACCCACACAAAAGCAAAUGUAGACAGAUGUGUAUUCCCUCCUUUAAAGAAUUGCAAUAUAUUUUCCUUUCGAUACACCUGAGUGAGUGUUUUUAAAUGAGUGCAUAUUCAGUGUUUUAGCAGAUGGAUGUAACAACUGUGUUGGAGUCAUCUGUUAUUUCUGUGUAUUGUGCAGCCAGCGUGACUGUUGAAUGUGAAUCUCAAUGCUGGAUCUGAUCAUAAAGUGUUUUUAUUUUUUAUAUGUGAAUCCCAAGAGAGAAUGGUUACUCUGAAUCUGAAUGAACGAUAUCAAGUUAUUAAAGACAAAACAUGAAAACAUGCA